AUGAAUUAUUGUGCAAAUCCUUCAAUGAGAAAUUUUACCAUAGAAGUGAUUGAUGAUGCUGAUUUCCCUUUUGAGGGUUUCGCAGAUUUGGAUCUAGUAUUGAAUGUUGAUGUGGAGGGAUGCAAAGAAGCUCUUAUGAAUGAUUGCUAUAGCUUCGCUGCUUCCUUGGUGGAUUCUAGAUGCAACAAGAAAAGGGUGCCUCUGCUAAAUGCAAGACAAAGUACUUCUACUAAAGGAAUCAAGACAUUCGUCAAGGUACCAAUGAAGAUUAGCGGUCCAGGAAAUUCGAAAGGUAAGAAGAAAGAUGAUUUCAACGUUCGAGCUUUUCUGAAAAUUAGUCUUAUUGUUAGUGCUAUACUUGCUUUUCUAUUUGGAGACACUGCCAUCAACUAUCAUCCUGGUGCUCAAAGAUUUAUCAGAAGGCAGCACUCUUCCAAUGCAAGUACUGUUGGAAUUACCUUUCGAGAAUUCAAAUACCUGGAAUUGCAUGAAGCAACAAAUGGGUUUAAUAAAAUCCUAGGUAAAGGAUCCUCCGCUAAAGUUUACAGUGGAAUUUUAUGCUUAAGGGAUGUUCAGAUUGACAUUGCAGUAAAGAAGUUAGUGAAAGAGAUUGAAAAGAGUAAAGAGGAAUUCAGGACAGAGCUAAGGAUAGUAGGCCGGAAGUACCACAGAAAUUUACUAAGAUUGUUAGGCUUUUGUGUCGAGAACAAUCAAAGGCUUAUAGUUUACGAGCUAAUGGCCAAUGGCACACUGUCUGAUCUUCUGUUUUGGGAGGGAGAAAGGCCAAGUUGGUUUUUGAGGGCUGAAAUGUUUCUUGGAAUAGCUACAGGAUUGCUUUACUUGCGUGAAGAAUGCGAAACUCAGAUAAUUCAUUGUGACAUUAAGCCCCAAAAUGUUCUGCUCGAUGCCAACUACAAUGCUAAGAUUUCAGAUUUUGGUCUGUUCAAGCUCUUGAACAAAGACCAAACAAAAAUAGACACCAACGUAAGAGGAACAAUUGGAUAUAUGGCCCCUGAAUGGCUAAAGAAAGUACCAGUGAUAUCCAAAGUGGAUGUUUACAGUUUUUGUAUAAUGUUACUUGAAAUUUUAUGCUGCAGAAGGCACAUCGAACUAAAUCGGGUUGAAGAAGAAAGUGAAGAGGAUGAUAUUGUUUUAUCGGAUUGGCUCAGAAGUUGUAUGAUCACUGGUGAAUUAGAGAUGGUAGUGCGGCAUGAUCCUGUAGUAUUGAGUGAUUUCAAGAGGUUUGAGAGAAUGUGA